CAGUACCGCUCGACAUUACCCCACGACGCGAAGCGCUCUACCGCCUCAAUCGCAAUUGGCACUGCGAUCGCAUCCGGUAUGUCACUCCUUACUGCCUCAGCUACUGUUCAUCGAGCUUCUACCUCGAAUACGAUUUUACGCUCUUUGCAAAUGAGUUGGUUCCGCAGACAGCUCCUCAAAUCUUCUCGGUUCGCGACUCGGCAGCACACAAUGACUUCGCACGACGCCGACAUUCUUCGAGACUGCGAUGUGGAGCUAUUUUACAAGUACACCUCGGGCCGAUGGCUCUGGAAUGAGAAGUACCAGCUUGCUCGCCGUUACGUUGAGUUCGACCUACCGGGACUCCUCCAAGUCUCAGCGCAAGCGAUCGGAGCUCGCUCUUGCGUCAAGGUUGAGAAGCUUCCUGAAGGAAACUUCAGCAAGGUCUUCCUGAUUGCAAUGGACGACGGCCGAGAAUUAAUUGCUAAGCUCCCGAACCCGAAUGCUGGUCGGCCGCACUUUACGACAGCUAGCGAAGCCGCCACCAUGGACUACGUUCGAAAUGUCCUUGGUAUCCCGGCGCCCCGGGUAUAUGGCUGGAGUUCUUCGACAGACAAUCCCGUUAGAGCAGAGUACAUCCUGAUGGAACGCAGUGGAGGGGUGGAAUUGGGCAAGAUAUGGCAUGACAUGCCUUGGGAGGACAGACUUGAGGUUGUCAGGACCUUGGUUGGGUACGAGAAAGCCUUUGUUUCUGCCAAUCUUCCUAUGCACGGGAGCUUGUAUUAUGCGAAGGACCUACCUAGCCCGAGCCCAAGUCAAUUUCUUGACUCCGUCAACUCGAUAGACAAGCGAGAAGCCUUCGUAGUCGGUCCGACAACUAACAGGGCCUUUUUCGACCAAGGGAGAGACGCUGUCGAAGUAAAUCGAGGGCCGUGGCCUUCAAUCGACGAAUUUGUCCAUUCCCGCGCCGCCCGAGAGCUAGCGUGCAUCGAUAAGUUCUCGUCGUAUCCUGGUCAGCAAGGGCUGUUCAGCGGUCCCAACCAAUACCGUCCAACCAGCGCAUUGAAGGUCAGAGUCCUACGGGAUUACCUGAAAGUCGCAACCCAGAUUCUACCCAACGAUGUCAACCUGUCAAAGCCGACUCUAUGGCACUCCGAUCUGCAUAGUGACAACAUCUUCGUUGACCCUUCCCAGCCGACAAGAAUCCUCAACAUCAUCGACUGGCAAGCGGUCAAUGUUUCCCCGCUCUUCCUCCAAGCACGCCAUCCUUCGCUCAUCGAGUUUGAAGGGCCAAUACCAGAAGGCUUUGAGCCCAUACCACUCCCCGAUGAUUUUGAUGAUAUGAGCGAGGAGGCACAACACCAGGCCAAGAAUCUCCGGGCUGCUCAGUCUCUCUAUAAGCUCUAUGAAAUCCUCAUGCUCCGGCAAUGUCCGGAGAUUGCUCGUGCACUGCACUUUCGAGACACCCUGCCUGGUCAAAUCACUGGAUUGGCAAGCUCAAUCUUCAGUGAUGGAGAGCCAAUCCUACAGGGAAUGCUCAUUCGACUUCAGGACGAGUGGGCCACAUGUGUUAGAUCUUCCAUACCGUGCCCCCUUUCCUUUACUCCCGAGGAUAGGACGCAGCAGCAACGUCUCGAGGCGAGUUGGAGCGAAGGUGUCGAGCUAAUGCAUGAGAUAUUGACCGAGAUCGGCGCAUACCAGGGAUGGGAUGGUUGGGUCAAUCAUAACAACUACCCCGUGUAUAAGGAGCGGUCGGCCCGAUGUCGCGAGAACUUUCUCGAUCGCUACGCGAAAACCGAAGAGGAGAGAAGCCAAUGGAUCCAAGUCUGGCCGUUUGAAGACAAAACAUAUCCGCCAACUUCUCUAUAAGCUUAGAAUUUAGAAACGCAUACUAUGUCUUAUUCUAUCUAACUCCGGUCGCAGGUAUAGACAUGCAGAAUUAACGAUAAGGGAUAGCGACCUACUUCCUUACGCAGUUUUAAAUUUUAAGAUUAAAGGCAAAAAGAGGGAGUUUUUUCAUUACUUCGCGUAGUUUUCCUUUAUCUGCCCUGCAGGAAAAUUUGUAGAAUAGUUGCAUAG